CAUUGCCUUGGGGGCGGGGCUUGGGCACAAGAUGGCCUCCGCGCGCCUGGAGUCCCCGAGUCCGAGCUCACCGACCCCGGAGUCGCGUUCCCGGGAGCCGCCGGACCUGGUCCUGGUGCCUGAUGAUGGCCGCCCCACCACACCCGCUAGUGACCUCAUCGAGAUUCAGGUGGUGAAGGUGACCGACACCACCCUGGUACCUGAGCCCCCGGAGCCAGGUUCUUUUCACUGUGCCUUGUGCCCAGCUGCCUUCCGGCUGGUUUCCGAGCUGCUGUUCCAUGAACAUGGCCACCUGGCCGGGGCCGAGGGAGGCGGACAGGCUGGGGACCCAAGCCGGUGUCAUGUGUGCGGCCACAGCUGCCCGGGUCCCGCCAGCCUCCGCGCGCACUACAGCUUGCACACGGGGGAGCGGCCCUACCGCUGCCCGCGCUGCCCCCGCGCCUUCAAGGCCUUGGCCCCUCUGCUCCGGCACCAGCACCGACACGGGGUGGAGCCGGGGACCUCUCGGAGGCCUCCGGAAGCGGCAGCAGUUGGAGAACAGAGGCCGGGGGUGCCCCAGGAGAGGUCGGAGGUGGUGAUGGCGGCGGCGGCUGCAGGCGCGGCAGUGGGGAAGCCUUUCGCCUGCAGGUUCUGCGCCAAGCCUUUCCGCCGCUCCUCAGACAUGCGAGACCACGAGCGCGUGCACACGGGCGAGCGGCCCUACCACUGUGGCAUCUGCGGCAAGGGCUUCACCCAGUCCUCGGUGCUGAGCGGCCACGCCCGCAUCCACACGGGCGAGCGUCCCUUCCGCUGCAGCCUCUGCGAUCGCACUUUUAACAACUCCUCCAACUUCCGCAAGCACCAGCGCACCCAUUUCCACGGGCCGGGGCCUGGGUUGGGAGACUCUGGAGGCCAGCUGGGGUCAUCGGUGGCUGAGGGGUCUGGGAGUGGGUGUGGGGCAGGGAACACUCUGGAAGAGGGAGGCGGGGAGACAGGGAAGGUGAAGGUGGAGGUUGAUCAGUAGGCUGGGAGAGCCGGCCGUGAGGGAGUUAACAUCGCCGUAGGUAGACUGCAAGGGGCUGGGGAUGGCGAAAAGGAGGCAGGGGACAGAAGAGAGGAGAUUGGGGGAGAGACGACGUGACAGCUAAAUGGGAAUAGCCAUGAGCAGCUACCGUUGGAGAGCAGAGGGCGAGAACCAGGUUCCGGACUCCCACAGACCCACACAGCACCUCCGGGAGACUCAGAGAAAGGGACAGAUAAUGUCUUGUGGGUGCCCGGCUAAAUGCAAGGGCCAUGGGCUGGAUUCCUCUGCCCUAUUUGCCUUGUUCUUGGGUUAUCCUUCUGCAAGACACAGCCUGUCCCAACAGAGUCUGGGCACUGCAGAGGGGGAGCAUCUGGGUCCACCAUAGUGGUCCUGGUCCGGUCCUUCUGGAGAACGCUGGGCUUUCUUGGGGGCUCCCUAGAGUGGACUAGGAUGGAAACUUUUGCCUACCUCACUGGAUUGCACUGCACCUGGGACGCCUACCCGCCCUCAGGCAGAAGACACCCACCAGGUCAUCUGUAAAGAGACUCUGGGGUCACAUCACCUCAAAGCCAGAGGGUCCCCAAGUCAUAGCUGAGAGCACUUGAGCCUCAAGGAUGUAAGCCUGACCAUAGGGUCUUGACUCCAAGAGUGGCUACCCUCGCCCCCAUGGUGGUCCCUCCAUAACCCAUCCAGACUCUCCUUUGGAGGCAACUGAGAACACAGCAAGCAGCUACCUAAUAUCCCCCUCCCAAUGCUGUAGGCUCAGAGCCUGUGGUCCCGCACUUCUACAAAGUAGCCUCGGGUUUCUCUAAUUGCCUCCACUCCCAGUUUGAAGCAAACAGCUUGCCGCCUAGGCCCAGGCAAUCCCUAGGAAAGGCUGGCUAAUGGUGACAUGGCGGGGUGACA